UAGCGGGUUAGUGGAAGAAGAAGAAGUACAGUACCUUUUAAAUGUUUGAUGCCGGGCUGAUCCAACGUUAUGGUCCUAGGGUCCAAGUACCAGGCAGUGCUGUCUACAAUUUACAGCAACGAAAUGGACACCAGCCCAGUUUUAGGUUGCACUAGAGCACAUUGAUUUCUCGUGAUGACAUCGAAACCACAGCCCCAGUUGGCAGUGGCACCCCUGCCAUGGAUAGAGAUCCUAACCUAUUGGGUGCUAUCCUUUGGAUCUCACCUGUACUCUUUCUACCAGCUGCAUAGAUUCUCCAAAGAGCAUGAAGCAGGAUUACAGAGAGAAUUCCAUUUGGAAAAGGGCCUUCUCAAUGGUUUUAAUAGGGACACAUCUGACUUUGAGUGGAGUUUCUGGACCGGAUGGGCAAAGAGGUCUUUGCUUUGGACUCUGAUUGGUCAUGGUGUGAUAUCAAGAUUGACCAGCAUCUUCUACCCCAAGUUAAGACUACCGGCGCUCACAUUGUAUGGCCUCUUAGCUGCCACUAAUGUGCUGGGGAUUAAAGGUGUGAGUGUGCUGCUGGUACAUCUGGGCCUCUCCUUCUCUGUGGCCCAACUACGAAAACCGGCUCUGUCCUGGGCCUGUAAUUUGCUGCUGCUCUCUACUUUUCAUAUUCAACAACUUCAAGAGAUACAGAGAGGCUGGUAUGAGACCGAGGAGGAGUACUAUCUGCUGCUCUUCAGUGUCGCUGUAUGCGGUCUACGCUUCAUCAGCUUCAGCCUGGAGCAUUGCUGGUGCCCCCUAGACCGUGGUGGAAUAGAGCAGCUCUACUGGCUGCUUUCAUAUACCUUCUAUCAUCCUUUUUUCUACAAUGGACCCAUUAUAACAUAUAAAGACUAUGUUGAGCAGAUGUGGAGGCCUGCUGAGGAGAGUGACAAGGACAAAUCUGCUUUUAGCUACUUUGUGCUAAGAUCAGGACGGAUCAUACUGUGGUGGUGCAUCGCAGAAUACAUGAUCCAUGUAAUAUAUAUGCACUCCAUCCAGUCUAAUGAGACCUACUUAGAGAUUCUUCCUCCUUGGGCCUUAGGUGGUCUGGCCCUGGCCCUGGUCCAGUUUUUCUUUGUAAAGUAUCUGGUUCUGUUCGGUCUUCCAUCCAUGCUGGCUACUUCAGAUAAUCUAGUUCCUCCAAAGCUUCCUCGAUGUGUCAGCAUCAUGUACAGUUUCACAGGAAUGUGGAGGCACUUUGAUGAGGGCCUGUAUCGAUGGCUCAUCAGAUACAUCUAUGUGCCAUUAGGAGGUUCACAUCACGGUCCUCUUUACAAAAUGUUUUCCACUGGCCUCGCGUUUGGAUUCGUCUGCCUCUGGCACGGAGGCCAUGACUACCUGCGGUACUGGGCUCUGAUGAAUUGGGCAGGAGUCCUGGUGGAGAAUGGGCUGAAAUCACUCUUCGCUUCAUCCUUUAUUCACUCCAUUGUUGAGCAGAAUUUCUCUGCGGCGAUGGAAAGGCGUUGCGUUGCCCUUCUCUCUGCCUUCUCCACUGCCAUGCUCAUCCUCUCUAAUCUGGUGUUCCUUGGGGGGAUACAUGUUGGAAGAAUCUUCUGGAAGCGGGUCUUCGUUCAAGGCUGGUCUACCAUGCUCCCACCUAUGCUGGCUUUCCUCUACUGCUUUGCUCAGAUUGGGCUCGAGUGGACUUCCCACCCACCAUGAGUCACCUUGACUUUGUUUAGAGGUGUGAAUAACUGCUAACGAACAACCAGAACAACCUGCUGAGUCCACUGCCUCGUCCACACCAGCCAGAGAGUCUGUGGCGAAUCUGGCCCGAAGCCCCAGAAAGCUGUCCAAGACUUGGCUGAAGUGAAGCUGAGUUGCCACUUUCCACAUCAGGCAAAAUCUUUCUGAAAUUUAAAAAGAAACACAGAAACUGCAAUAGCAAAAUAGUGUCAUUUAGUAAAUUCAAGGAAGUGUACAUGAGCAGCCUUUGCUGUUUCAAGGCCCUUUUUCAACCCAAUAGGCUUCACAAACCCACUGUUAUUCUGAGAAACUGAAUGAAAAUAAGGGCUCUGAAUCCGUCUCGGUUUUAUGACUCUGAUAAGGUGUUGCUCAGUGAUGCAGUAAAGCUGGAGAAAUGCUAAUUUUAUAUUUACUGUCCUUUAGCUCAGCAUAAAAGCAGUUGUGUAUUCAUAUUCGGACAAUAGGCACAGAAGGCUGAAUAGAGCCGCAGGAAUCUGAUCGAUGUCAUUAUGUCCUCGGCAGAGGCCAUUUGGCUAAAGUAGAAUAAAACUCAUGGUUUAUGUAUUUUUAAAAGCCUUGCACUGACUGCACAGUAGCUUUUAAUUGUACACAGUCACAAUGGUAGAUGACAUUUAUACACUGGUCAAAGCUUUUUUUUUUCCAAAGGGUGUUAAAAAAAACACAGCCUUUAACAUUCUGUAUACACCUUGUACCUCCGAAAUGUCAAAUUUGCAAUUCCUUCGUCCAUAAAUGGAUUAAAAUCUUGAAUUUAAAAUAUAA